AUGGCGUCUCAAAUUAUCGAUGCCACAGCUGGUGGCGACUGCGCGACGGAGUUCACCUGUUUUCCUAGGCUUCCCACCGAGUUGCGCCUCAAGAUCUGGGGGAUUAUUUGCAAUACUGGUAGGGAUCUAUGGAUUGGCGCGAAGUACUACAGGAAUACCUCCGACUAUAGCAAGCUAUCCGAGGAUGAGAAAGAGGACACGUAUUUAGUUUUCAGAUACUAUACGUUCUCUCUACCUCCUGCCGUACUUCAUGUCAACCAUGAAUCCCGAUUCGAAGGCCUAAAGUACUAUACCCUUGCUUUCGGUUCUGGCUACAAGUCCGCUGGCCAAAAAUUCGAGACAACUCCUCGAACAUACGUCAACUUUCAAGUCGAUCGCAUCUGCCCGCAUGUCAAGUGCAUGACACUGAAUUGUACGCCCUGGGGACUAAUGGUUAGACAACCCAUACGUUGCCUCGCUUUUCCCUGGCAUCGUCGAGACGAUUCUAAUAAUUACUUCCAUUUCUUUGCUAUGAUGGCUCAAGGGAUUGAAACACAUGCCGCUCCAUUCUUCUUGAAAAAUAUCGAGGAGUUUACAUUGUACGAUCCAGAAAUAUUGAAAGGUCCUACAAAAGACCUACCGAAAGAACAAAGUCAGGAGGCAAUGUCUUUCACUUUUUAUGAUUUAUGCUAUGCAGUUCUUGCUACAUGA